UUACAUCAUAAUGAAGAUAUACUUUUUACAACAAUUACGUUUCUUUAUAUGGUAUCGGAGCCUUUAGGUUUCUCUUUCUCCUAAAACACCAUCAUCAUUCUUCAGUCAUCCUAUUUUCAAUGUCCACCGACGGUGAGAAGACACCGGAGAAAUCCGAGACACUCAACAAUUCCGCUGCCAACAAGUUCGAUGAUCCGAACAAUCCUUUGUACCUCCAUCACUCGGAUCAACCAGGAUUGGUCCUUGUUACACAGCUCUUAACUCAGAACAAUUACCCUAUCUGGAGCCAUGCCAUGCUCAUGGCUCUCACCACCAAGAACAAAGACGGGUUUGUCAAUGGUGUUAUCACAAAACCUCUUUCUGGAACAGCAGAAGCAGUCCGACAGUGGACUCGUUGUAAUCUACUCGUCAAAGGAUGGAUUCUCAACACAAUUUCCCCGGCCAUUGCAGAAAGUGUCAUGUACAAUGACACUGCUUUAGCACUUUGGAACGAGCUUCAAGAGUGAUUCUCUCAAAACAAUAGUGUGGAUCUCUUUCAUAUUGAACAAGAAAUUCAUGACUGUGUCCAAGGUGGCACAAAUAUUGGUGAAUACUACACCAAGCUAAAAACUCUAUGGGAUAAGCGAGAUGCAUUAAGCCCUCUUCCACCUUGCACUGGUGACACAGCAAAGGCACUAUUCCAAUAUCAACAAACGCAGCGCACCAUAAAGUUCCUCAUGGGACUUAAUGAAGUUUAUGCCCCGGCUCGCGGACAAUUUCUACUUAUGGAUCCUCUACCAUCGGUCAACAAGGUAUUCUCUCUCAUUACUCAGGAUGAAAAACAACGGGCUAUUUCUUCGCAGGUUGUGGGCAGGACACCAGAAUCUGUGGCCUUCGCUGUCAAGAAUGGAAUAUCCCAUUCUAAUAGAUCAUAUGCCCCAAGGAACGCCCAUCUCAAAUGUGACCGAUGCAAUAUCACGGGACACACUACUGAUAACUGUCGAGCACAUCUAAAGUGUGACUAUUGUGGUUUUAAAGGCCAUACUGUUGAUGCAUGUCGUAAAUUGAAGCGAGCCAACUUCCAUGGAGACAAAAAGGGGAACUCGGGUUUUUCUUCCAAAGCCCAUUAUGCUGAAUACAAGCCUGACAAUUCUACAUCAGAAUCUCCAUCUUACCACCUCACUGCAGAUCAAUAUCAUAAUUUACUUGCUCUCAUUGAUCAGACCAAGACAACUUCCAUGGCAAAUCAAGUGAGCUCAGCCUCAACAAUAAGCAACCUUUCAGGACCGACACUCGGGGAAGACGAUUGGGACGGGCAUUGAGCGAGAAGGCCUCUACUACUUGGAUAUCACGAAAACAUCUGGGUGCUUCUCUGUUUCGGCAGCCGUCUCCACCAAUCCUGAUCUUUGGCAUCAACGUCUUGGUCAUCCUUCCAAUAAGAGUUUGCAAGCUCUGUCUUUACUUACCAAGACUAUUCCAUUUUGUUCUGUUGAUAGUUGUUCAAUUUGUCCCCUUGCUAAACAGACUCGCAAACCUUUUAGUUUGAGUUCUAUCAAUACAAAUGCAGUUUUUGAAUUAAUUCAUGUU